AUGGGGCGGUCUCUCUGGCUCUGCCUGGCCCUCUCGCUGCUCGCCGGAUCGGCCCACGGGGACCCAGCCGCCCCGCCGGGGAGCAACCACUUGAGGGCCCCCAGCCGGCACCCCCGGAGCUACGACCAUCUGGAGGGCGACGUGCGCUGGAGGAGGCUGUACGUCUCCACCCGCUUCUUCCUGUGCAUCGACAGCAGUGGCAAGGUGCAAGGCACACGGUGGAAGGAAAGUCCUAACAGCAUCCUGGAGAUCCGGUCGGUGCGAGUGGGCGUCGUAGCCAUCAAAUCCGUGCACACGGGUUUCUACCUGGCCAUGAACAAGAAGGGGAAAGUAUACGGGUCGAAGGAGUUUAACCCCAACUGCAAGUUCAAAGAGCGCAUCGAGGAGAACGGCUACAACACCUACGCCUCGCUGCGCUGGCGCCCCGGGAACCGCCCCAUGUUCCUGGCCCUCAACGGCAAGGGCAGGCCCAGGCAGGGGGACAAGACGCGGCGCCAGCACCUCUCCGCUCACUUCCUGCCCAUCCUCGUCUCCUGAGCCGCACGCAGCCGCCCCGGACUGAGGCGGGUUGGGGGGUUGUUUUUUUAAAAGGACUCUUUGUGCUAUUUAUUAUUUUUUGGAAUGAAAAAGGAGAUGGGCUCUCCCCCUGCCCCGGGAGCGGUGAAGGAUUUAAAACCGCUGCUUGGAUCUGCUCUCCAGUGAGCAGCGCUGGACCCCCCCACUGGGCUAGAACUGACUCCCCGUGGACCCAGGAAGUGGAAUCAUCCUGCGUCUGUCACCCCGAGGGCUGGCAGCUCCCCCCCCCGCAGCAGGCCUCCAGGAUCUAUGGGCAAAAUGCUCCAACCAUUGUUCCCUCAAAAGACGGACCACGGCUGAAGGGAGGCUGAGCCACCCAAGUGGGAACGGCCAGACACUUUGGGGUUGUUUUUGUUAAAUGACGUAUCAAUGCACAUGU